AUGUCCGAUCAUGAAACUCAGCUGCAGUUCAAUCUGAACAACUCGUCUGAACACCCUCAGUGGUGGUGCGCAAAAACUGCCCCAAUUAAGGCUCAGUUGUGGAACGACACACGUCGAGGUGAUACGGGUGGAAUUUCGUAUUCUACCUCGCUGUCCGAUCAUGAAACUCAGCUGCAGUUCAAUCUGAACAACUCGUCUGAACACCCUCAGUGGUGGUGCGCAAAAACUGCCCCAAUUAAGGCUCAGUUGUGGGAACGACACACGUCGAGGUGA